AUGUUCCGUCGUCCAGUCCUGCUGUCCCAGGCCGUCAGGCCCCUGCGCACGUAUGGUCGGCAGACAGCGCCGCUCAUGAGACGUGCAUAUGCGGAUUACCGCUUCCCGGGCAAGGCCGAGUCGCUCGAGCACAGUCAGGUUUUCAAGAUCAGCCAGGCCAUCCAAAAUGAUCACCGCGAACUGGAACGGUACUACAAAAAGAUUGUCAGCUCCGACGAUCCUGAUGAGAAACUGAGAUACCAGAACAUGCUCAUAUGGGAACUGGCCCGCCACUCGAUUGCCGAGGAACUGGUCGUCUAUCCUGCCAUGGAGAAGGAAAUCACCGAUGGUAAAAGCAUUGCCGAGAAGGAUCACGAGCAGCACCAGGUGGUCAAGGAAGAGCUGUACAAGUUCCAGAAACUGAAGCCUGGAGACGACGAAUUCCAGCCUACGCUGGACAAACUGUGGGAUGACCUCAAACAUCACAUCAAGGAGGAGGAGGAGAGCGACCUCGUUCAGUUGGAGAAAGCGCUGAGUCUCACCGGCUCCAAGGAGCUCAGUCAGAAGUUCGAGCGAACCAAGAUGUUCACCCCGACCCGCUCUCACCCCAGUGCACCCAACAGACCACCUUUCGAGACUGUUGCGGGACUCAUGGCAGCUCCGAUCGAUAAACUAAGAGACUUGUUCACUAAGUUCCCGGAGCAGGAGACGAUCAAGGUCGACAAGACGGAUGGUGCAGGUCAUGGACCUUACUGA